AUGUCUGACGGCCAGCACUCUCGCUUCUUGUUCACUUCCGAAUCCGUCUCGGAGGGUCACCCUGAUAAGAUGUGUGAUCAGGUGAGUACAUUCCUACCUUCUUGACUAGGUUCAUCCCGUUUUUUUCAGAUUUCUGACGCCGUUCUGGAUGCUCACCUGAAACAGGACCCGCACGCCAAGGUCGCUUGCGGUUAGUUUGACUGAGAUAUUGAACGAAAACCUCAUUGAAAUAUUUGCAGAGACCGUCACCAAGACUGGAAUGGUCAUGCUCUGCGGAGAGAUCACCUCCAAGGCUAACGUUGACUACCAGGUUCUGGUCCGUCGUGUCAUCGAGAAGAUCGGAUUCACCGACUCGAGCAUCGGUAAGUCAAUCGGCUUUCAUCAGCAUUUAUUGGAUGAUUCGGUAUUUCAGGAUUCGACCACAAGACCUGCAACGUUCUCGUCGCUCUUGAGCAGCAAUCGCCGGAAAUCGCCGCCGGAGUGCACAAGGACAAGGACGGAGACGAUGUCGGAGCCGGAGAUCAGGGAAUCAUGUUCGGAUAUGCUACUGAUGAGACCGAGGAGGCCAUGCCACUCACCCUCGUUCUCUCGCACAAGCUCAACGCCGAGCUCCACGCUCUCCGUCGCAACGGAACCCUCCCAUGGAUCCGCCCGGACUCCAAGUCCCAAGUGACCAUCGAGUACGAGUCCCGCAACGGAGCCUGCGUGCCACUCCGCGUCCACACCGUCGUCAUCUCCACCCAGCAUUCUCCGGAUGUCUCCCUCGAGAAGUUGAGAGAGGUGAUUCUCUCCGAGGUGAUCAAGAAGGUGAUCCCAGCCUCCCUCCUUGACGAACAGACCGUCUACCACAUCAACCCAUGUGGAACCUUCAUCGUCGGAGGACCAAUGGGAGAUGCCGGCGUCACCGGAAGAAAGAUCAUCGUCGACACCUACGGAGGAUGGGGAGCCCACGGAGGAGGAGCUUUCUCCGGAAAGGACCCAACCAAGGUCGAUCGCUCCGCCGCCUAUGCUGCUCGCUGGGUCGCCAAGUCGCUGGUCAAGGCCGGACUCGCCAAGAGAGUUCUUGUCCAGCUUUCGUACGCCAUCGGAAUUGCAAAGCCAAUCUCCACGCUGAUUUACGCCUUUGGAACUUCCCCACUCACCGAUGAAGAGCUUCUCCAGGUUGUCGAGGAUUCCUUCGACCUCACCCCAGGAAAGAUCAUUAAGUAAGUUGUUUAUUUCAUGAAUUCACAUCCUUAUGCCGUUAUUUUCAGGGAGCUCAACCUCAAGAGACCAAUCUACGAGAAGACUGCUGAGAACGGACACUUCGGACAUUCCGAGUUCCCAUGGGAAGAGCCAAAAGCCCUCAAGAUCUCGCCAGCUCUCCUGGAGAAGGCCAAGGGAAGCCCAAUUCCAGCUACCUCCGCCAUUGCCCAUUAA